AUGAAAAAGAAUACUAGAAAAAAGUAAACAUUAGAAUAACAGGAAGAGUAGUAGAGAAAAAAAACAAAAUUAGAAAUUCUAGAUGCUGAUUAGCAUAUUUCAAAAUAUAAUAACAAUUUAGAUCAUCUUAUUGAUAUUUUUACAAGGUAUGAGAGAGAAGAUGACUUUACACAAAAUCUAAUGACAACUUCUAAAUUGUCUAAAAUACAAAAAAUCCAUAAUUUAAGUUUGGAUACCUUUAAAGAUGAAUCAUUCUCAUUAGGACCAAAAGUUGAGAAUGGUGAUUUUUUGUAAGGUGACAAAGUACACAAAAUUGUUUCAGUCAAAAAAUCUUACUUGAAUGGUAAGUUAAUUGCUACUAUUCAAUGGAGACCAAGGUAAUUAUUUUUUAUAAUUUUAGGUCUGAUGGUACAAUACCAAAAUUAAGAGAAUAUUUUACAACUGAAGUUGCUAAAUAUGCUCCUAAAGAAUUAAUUAAAUAUUAUAAAAGUAGAAUGGUGACAACAACGAUUAUCGAAUAAUAAUAAGAUUGUUGA